AUGACAACUGAACAGCAACUUGAUCGUGCCAUUGAACAUGCUCGCAACGGACAAUAUGAUGAAGCUGCAGAUGAAUUUACUGCCUUUAUCGAGAAGAAUCGAACAGAUUCAGAUGGAUAUUUUUAUCGCGGCUGUAUAUAUCUUCAUCUGAACAAAUACGAACAAGCUAUUCAUGAUUUCACUUCGACGAUCUGCUUGGAGAAUUGUCUACAUGCUAGACGAUUGCUAGCAUUGUAUAAACGUGCGUUUGCCAAGUUUAAACUCAACCAAUUCGAAUCGGCAAUGGAUGAUUACAAGUUCUAUGUUGGCCUAUGUAAAAAUCACACACAAUUAUACGUGUAUAAGCACAAAGGAUUGUUCCAAAUCGGAGUGAUUUACGCGAUACUGUCCCAAUACGACGAAGCAAUAUUCCAUUUUACUGAGGCGAUCCGAAGCAGUUCAGGCAGUGCAGAAGACGAACAAAAAUGGUAUCAUCUGCAUCGUGGACGAGCGUAUGCCUGUGUAGAGAAGUAUUCUCAAGCGCAGAAAGAUCUGCAAAUCGUUUGUGAACACACUCAGGAUCACUUUCUCAAAGGUUGCGCAUAUAGUGAAUUGGGUCGACAUCAUGAUGCACUUGUUGAAUUUGAUAACUUGUUGAAACCAAAUGCGAACAAGUGUGAACUCAUACUGAUAUCAACAGAUCAAAUUCGAUUUCGACGAGGUCUUUGCUAUGCAAGUCUCGAUCAGCAUGACAAGGCGUUAACUGAUUUUAAAGAUGCAUUGACGGAUCGAACACAGCACACUUCAUCAGCAAUCAAGGAUCGAAUUCUAUUUCGGCGAGCUUUGUCUUUUAUGGCUUUGAACAAAAUGGAGAAAGCAUUAAUCAAUCUGAACCGAUCGAUUCAAAUGAAUGACAAUCAACCGGAUGUCUUUUACGCACGUGCAAUGAUGCAAUAUCAAGUGGGUCGUCACAACACUGCUGUUGAAGAUCAUCGUAUAGCUGUUGAAUUGAAACAAAUGUCACAUACGCACAAAUCGAAUUCUCGGAAGAAAUUGAAUAUUUAUUUUACCAACAAAAUACAAGAAACGGAGAAUUUUCUCGCUCUAAAUCAUGACAUGAUGACCAAAGCUAACAUAAUUCGGAUUAUCACUGAAUACUUACAAAAACAAGCAUAUUAUUCAAGAGAUCCUCUGAAAAUGUAUGAAAAUGCACGUGAGCGCUUGUAUGCGAUUUCACAAUUGCAAAAUGUUUGGCAAGAUGAAGAUACCAUCGCACUGGCUGUCAACAGUUUAACUAUAUGUUCAUAUGUAGCUGAUCGAUACUCAAACGAUCAUUACACAUCGAAAUUCAUGGCUGAAAAGUAUAUUCAACAUGCAACUGAUAGUAUCUUGAAAACAUGCGACAUUUUCGAUAAAUACAUUACUCGUCAAGAUUUGAAACAAUUACGCGGUAUAAUGUACGAUGAACGUGUGAAAUCGAAUACGUUACACGAAUGUCUGGUAAAUGAAGUUCGUAAUACCUAUGUCGAGUAUCAACUGAAAAAAUGUGACAUCGUGGAAGAGAAUAUGAACAUAUUCGUCGAGUCACCUGCACAACAGAAAUUUUCUCGAUACUUUGCUAGUCAAUUAUGUAAUUUAUUCGAUGGAAUUGGUAUGAUAGAUACGGACGUUUGUUCAUCAUUAUCGUCACAAGACAAUCAGUCGAUGGCGUUGAAACUUGUGGCAAAAUUAAGUGGUUUGUCGGCCAUCGAUUUAAGGGACAACAAAAAAGGUAUCGAGAAUACAUUAUGCUACCUCGCAAGCUUUGGCAAUCCUGAAAUGUAUUGUGAGUUAGCUUACAAAAUCGUCAACGAAAUAACUAUGAUAUAUGAAGAACAGAUCAACAGACUUGUGAUCGACAUGGAAGAGUUAGAUAUGAUGUCGAUUUCAACUCAACCAGACAUAGUAGAUCUUUCUGACGGCAUCCCCUGUAUAAAAGGAUGUUCGCGUAGUACUCGACCACGGCCGGAAGACGUCCUGAAUGAUGCUCAAUAUUCAACUAUUCAAACAGUUGUUCGAUAUGCAAUGAAACAAAUACUGAGAUGUUUGACAGAAGUAAAUGUAAAGUGGAUUUUUACAAUGAAAGAUGUGCAUGAUCUACUUAUCGAUACCGUAUGUCGGCCGUCAUUUUUGACUCCUGUGCAAAUCCCAUUACAAGCAGAGAUAGUUAUAUUGAAAAAUCGUGCAGAGAAAAUAGAAUAUUGGAGUACGUAUGAGUUCUAUCGACGACCAGCAAUCAAAUUUGAUGAUGGAGAAACACGUGCGCGACGAGAGAAUGACGAAGAAAAGUUCGGAUGUCGAAAAGCAAAUUUACAAGAAAAAGAUCUGUACGCAAAUGAUCGACUAGAUUCGUAUGGAUUUAUGAGAUUCUCCCCAAAGAAUGUUUUGUGA